GAGAUAAAAAAAAAUUGCUCAGCUUUGGUAAUUUGGAAAUAACCCGAACCAAACGCCCCUUCAACAGUUACACAUGACCGAUGAAACAAAUGGCGCUGAUAUAAUUAGCUCUUCAUCUACGAUUUCCCACUCUCUAAAACCCCUCAUUCCCGAUCUAAGCUCUAUUGCCCCCAAUUUUGCAGAUUCGACCGAUCUGAUAUCAGAUUUGGAUCCCUCUUUUGGUAUUAGUUUGAUAAUAAUCUGUUGAAGGAGAACUCGGAUUAGUAGAAGUUAGAGCUUGGAUUUCAUUUGAUUCAGUAAUGGCUGCUCCUGUGCCUCCAGGGGCACCUAGACCCGGCAAUAACACACCACAGCCACCUCCUCCUAAUUACAUGCCUAAUUUUAGGGGUACACCAGAUGCACUAGCUGAUAAUAUGCACAAUUUGAAUCUCAAUCGGCCUCCUAUGACCUCAAAUCCUGCUUCUAGACCUCCCCCCUUUGGCCAACCAGCGCCUUUUCCUUCUUCAGCCCCUAUGCCUGGAGUCCCUGGUUCCUCACCUCCAUUUUCUCGACCUGGUCCACCUCCAGGAACAUUGGCUAGGCCUACAGGGCCUCCUUCUGGACAUCCGCUAUCUACCUUACCACCAAAUGUGGCCCCUGGAAGGCCUACUGGGCCACCGCCUGGUCAACCUCCAGCUUUUGGUUCCAGACUCGCUCCUAGUUCUUUUUCAUCAUCUGUGGGUAAUCUUGCAGCACCUGUUUCUGGGGUUCCUCCCCCUGGUGGUUCUCCACCAGCCCGUCCACUUGCGCCUCCUCCACCAACUAUGGGUGCUCGUCCAAGUCAAAGUCCUUUCACUUCACCACCAAUGAGUGCUCAUCCUGUCAUGCCCCCUACAAGUGCACCCACUAACUUGAUGAAUAAUGGGCCCCCAGUAUUUUCUGCCGGGGCUUUGUCAGGUCCCCAACGCUUUCCUCCGGUUGGUAGUGUGCCACAACCGCCAGUUGGACCUCCAACAAUGAGAACUCCUCCGGGCCCGGCCGUUCAACCUCAGCCCCCGUAUCCCAUGGCAUCUCUAGGAAUAAUGCAGCCUCCAAGUUCACCUUUUGGAGCACCUUCUUGGCAGAUGCAACAACCCCAGCAGUUGGCACCACCUCCUCCAGUUCCUGGUCCUUCACAGACUCCUCGGAUGUUUAGCAUGCCACCGCCACUUCCCAAUCAAUCUAUGACUACUACUAUAUCACCUGCUGUUGGUCAAACUGGAGCCCCUAUGGCAGGGCCUUCCAAAAUUGAUCCCAAUCAAAUUCCAAGGCCCACUCCAGGUUCAUCAGUAAUCUUGCAUGAAACUCGUCAAGGCAAUCAGGCAACCAUUCCUCCGCCUGCUACAAGUGAUUACAUUGUAAGAGAUAUGGGGAAUUGCAGUCCACGUUACAUGAAGUGCACAAUCAAUCAGAUUCCUUUCACUGCUGAUCUUUUGGCAACAUCAGGAAUGCAGUUGGCUAUGUUAGUCCAGCCUUUGGCCCUUCCACAUUCAUCUGAGGAGCCCAUCCAAGUUGUUGAUUUUGGGGAGAGUGGUCCUGUCCGUUGCUCACGUUGCAAGGCUUACAUAAAUCCCUUCAUGAAAUUCAUUGAUCAGGGAAGGCGUUUCAUUUGCAACUUGUGUGGAUUUAGUGAUGAAACGCCACGGGACUACCACUGCAAUUUGGGUCCAGAUGGUCGGCGUAGGGAUGCUGAUGAAAGGCCUGAGCUGUGUAGAGGAACGGUUGAAUUUGUUGCCACAAAAGAAUUCAUGGUCCGCGAGCCAAUGCCUGCUGUGUACUUCUUUCUCAUUGAUGUAUCCAUGAAUGCUGUUCAAACUGGUGCAACAGCUGCAGCUUGCAGUGCUAUCAGUCAAGUUAUUAAGGACCUUCCGGAAGGUCCUCGCACACUGGUGGGAGUUGCAACAUUUGACUCAACAAUUCACUUUUACAACUUGAAACGUGCAUUGCAGCAGCCACUGAUGCUCAUUGUUCCUGAUGUCCAAGACGUUUAUACUCCUUUGCAAACUGAUGUAAUUGUUCCACUAUCUGAGUGCCGUCAACACUUAGAAUUACUUCUGGAAAGCAUUCCUACCAUGUUCGAAACUAAUAGAACCUCUGAAUCAGCAUUUGGUGCAGCUAUCAAGGCGGCUUUCCUUGCAAUGAAGGACACUGGAGGAAAGCUGUUGGUUUUCCAGUCAGUCUUGCCAUCUAUAGGCAUUGGUGCACUCUCUGGACGGGAGGCUGAAGGUAGAACAAACAUCACUGCAGGGGAAAAGGAAGCCCAUAAAUUACUUCAACCAGCAGAUAAAACAUUCAAGGAACUAGCAGUUGAAUUUGCUGAGUAUCAGGUUUGUGUUGAUGUAUUUGUGACUACUCAGACUUAUGUGGACAUUGCUUCCAUAUCUGUCAUCCCUCGGACUACUGGUGGACAGGUCUAUUAUUAUUACCCAUUCUCGGCUCUCUCUGAUUCUGCAAAGCUUUACAACGAUCUUAGAUGGAAUAUCACCAGGCCACAAGGUUUUGAGGCUGUAAUGCGUGUGAGGUGCAGUCAGGGUAUCCAAGUACAGGAAUACUAUGGCAACUUCUGUAAACGCAUCCCAACUGAUGUCGACCUACCUGGGAUUGACUGUGACAAAACUUUCAUGGUAACAUUGAAACAUGAUGAUAAGUUGCAGGAUGGAUCAGAAUGUGCUUUUCAGUGUGCUCUUCUGUACACUACUGUGUAUGGCCAAAGAAGAAUACGUGUCGUCACCUUAUCUCUGCCUGUCACUAGUAUGCUUAGUAAUCUGUUCCGCGCAGCUGACUUGGACACUCAAUUUUGCUGUUUCUUGAAGCAAGCUGCUAGUGAGAUUCCUUCAAAGCCACUCCCACUUGUUCGGGAACAAGUGACAAAUCUUUGCAUCAAUGCACUAUUUUCAUAUCGCAAAUUCUGUGCUACCGUGUCCUCAUCUGGACAACUUAUUCUUCCAGAGGCGCUAAAGCUUUUGCCCCUUUACACGCUUGCAUUAACUAAGAGUACAGGGUUGCGAACAGAGGGAAAGAUAGAUGAACGGUCAUUUUGGAUAAACUAUGUGUCCUCUCUCUCUGCUCCAUUGGCAAUACCACUUGUCUAUCCUAGGAUGGUGGCUAUCCAUGAUCUUGACUCAAAGGAAGAUGAGGAAUCUGUUAUUCCUUCCUUUCUUCCUCUUUCUAGUGAACACAUCAGUGAUGAUGGAAUAUAUCUUCUUGAGAAUGGUCAUGAUUGUUUGAUAUAUAUUGGAGACUCUGUGAGUCCAGAUAUUGUGCGGAAACUGUUUGGUGUUGCUACGGUUGACGAAAUUCCUGCUCUGUUUGUAUUGCAGCAGUAUGACAAUCCUCUAUCGAAGAAGUUAAAUGAAGUGGUAAAUGAGAUACGGCGGCAAAGAUGUUCCUACCUUCGGUUAAAGUUCUGCAAGAAAGGAGAUCCAUCAGGAAUGUUAUUCUUCUCAUAUAUGAUAGAGGACAAGAGCGCAGGUGGCUUCUCCUAUGUAGAGUUUCUUAUCCAUGUUCAUAGGCAAAUCCAGAACAAAAUGGCAUCAUAACGAUUAUAUGCCUCCAUUUUUGCAAGCUUUUAGACCUAAAUGAUAUAGAGAAACAAGCCCCAAGGAUAGGUGAGAUUCUGCCUAUUUAAGAGCAUUCUUCAUUUGCCUUGCGUUUGACAGAGGAAAACCGGACAAAAAGUUUGUUAUCAAGUUUUGUUAAUGUACAUGUAUAAGUUAAUUGAUGUGGGUGAUAAUAGUUAGAAUUUUUUUUCUUUUGGUUCUAUGCUCUGACAACAAAUUUUAUGGGCAAUUAUGUGUUUUCAAUCGAAGUAUUAUAACAAUGUCUCAUUAUAUUACCGUAAAU